AUGGUUAAUGACGACCAAAACUUCGAUGAAGAUCUAGAAGAGACUGAUAUAAUAAUGGGUAGGAAAACUAUAACUAUGCGGGAGUACUACUGUUACAAGUUGCAGAUUCUAUCAAACUUGAACGUAAUUAUGUUAGGAGGGAGAUUAUUACAACAAUUUGUGGUAGAUAUCUACAUCAAGAUUGAGACUUCGCGUUUGGAAUUUUGUAGAAAAAACCAAUCUACAAUAAGAGCGGAGUUAUACCAAGGUGUUGUGGAUUGUGUCAAUGCCGGUGAGACAGCUCAAGAUAGACCAGAUCUGGUUGCAAGAGUUUUUCGUGCUAAGUUACAUGACUUUAAGGAACAACUCUUGAAGAGGCACGUCCUUAGUGUGGUGAGUGCAUAUGUUUAUGUAAUAGAGUUCCAAAAACGUGGUUUACCACAUGCGCAUUUUCUGUUAAUAAUGAAACCUGAAUGGAAGCUCACCAAUGCAGACCAUUAUGACAAGUAUGUGUGUGCCGAAAUUCCAAACCCGACAAAGUAUCCUACACUACACGAUAUGGUCAAAUCACACAUGAUACAUGGUCCUUGCGGUACAUUAAAAGAAAAAUGUUAUUGUAUGCAAGGCGAUCGACCAACCUGUCGUUUUAGAUACCCUCGACAAUUCAACGAAACCACAACACAAGGAAAAGACGCAUAUCUGGUUUAUCGAAUGAGAGAUAAUGGAAUUGCUGUGAAUAAACAAGGUAUUAUGAUGGAUAAUAGAUGGGUUGUCCCAUAUAACCCAAACUUGUUGAUGAUGUUCAACUGCCAUCUAAAUGUUGAGGAUGCACGAUACGUCUCCGCUCCGGAAGCAGUAUGGCGAAUUUUUAGCUUUUCUCUUAAUAAGGUCCAGCCUAAUGUGAUCACUUUUCAGUUGCAUCUACCGAACCAACAGUCGGUUAGGUUCACUGAUGAUGAUGCAAUGAUAUCAGUUGUUGAGAGGGAGAGAGAUAAGAGAUCAAUGUUGACUGCAUUUUUCAAGAUGAAUAAAGAUAACAUUAAUGCAAGACAAUACGUAUACAAAGAUUUUCCCGAACACUUCACAUGGAAUAAACAAUCGCGUCUAUGGAAUCCUCAAAAAGUAUCACCAGCAGUAGGUCGUUUGGUUUCUGCAAAUCCUGCUGAAGGUGAGCGAUACUAUCUGCACGUGUUAUUAUGUCAUGUUAGGGGUCCUACAUGUUUUGAAGAUCUCUACACAGUCAAUAACGUAAGACAUCCCACAUUUCGAAAAGCGGCACUUGAAAGAGGGUUAAUAGAGACAGAUGAUAGUUUAUCGCAAUGUCUUGCAGAGGCCUCCUUGUUUCAAUUUCCAAAUGCUCUCAGAAGGUUGUUUGCAACGAUAUUAGUUUUUUGUGAUCCUGGAGAUGUUCGCAAGUUAUGGAAUGCCCACUACAGUUCUCUCUCAGAAGAUUAUAGGAGACAAUACGACAAUGCUAAUCGAGUACAAAAUAUGGUCCUCACAGACAUGACCGUAUUCCUACAAUCUAUGGGUAACAAGCUUGAUAACUUUGAUCUCCCGACUGUAAACACUGAUUUGAAUUUACAGUCUGGAGUUUUUCACGAGGUACAAGAAGAAUGCUCUAUAGUUGUGGAAGAUGACCAUUUUCGUGCCAAAGAGUUUCUCAAUCCUGAACAAAAAUAUGCGUAUGAUGAGAUCAUGAGGCAUGUGUGUAUUGAUUGUACAGGAGUGUUCUUCAUAGAUUGUCCUGGCAGAACAUGA